AUGACAAAUGUUAAUGAAAUAGAUAAGAUUUUAGAAAAUGAAGAUGCAGAAUAUGCGAAGGAUCAAGAAAUUGAAAGAAUUUUGAAUGCUUUUAGACUGGAUGCAUAUUCUGUCUUGGAUCUUCAGCCAGGAGUAAGCACUAGUAAUAUUCAAAAUGCAUUUCGUAAAAAGUCACUUUUAAUUCAUCCGGACAAGACAAAAAAUCCUAAAGCUCCAGAUGCAUUUGAUCGUCUUAAAAAGGCGGAAUCAGAGUUAAUGGAUCCUAAAAUUCGUGAGAGAUUAGAUACGGCAUUUGCUACAGCAAGACGUAUGCUAAUACAAGAGCGUAAAUGGACACUGGAUCAUCCAGAAUUAAAUACAGAGGCAUUUCGAAUAGAAGUACGAGAAAAAACAAAAAGUGUGUUGAUUGAAGAUGAACUUCGAAAAAGAAAAGCUCGUCAGAUUAAAAUGGCAGAAGAGGGAAGGGAAAAAAAACGUCUUGAAGAUGAAGCAGAAGAACGGAAACGAAAAAAAGAAUAUGACAAGGCUUGGGAAGAAAAUCGGGAAAAUAGAAUCAAUAGUUGGCGCGAUUUUCAAAAAGUAGGUCCUCAAAAGAAGAAAAGACAAAAGCAGAAGGUUCUUGGUUAA